AUGACACAACCACAAUGCUUGAAGCAGUGCAGUGAGACGUUAGAUGCCAUAGUUGAGAGCCUGGGCGCGGUGACGUGCGACAUCGACCGGGUUGUCAAAGUGGCGUCCGGGGAUUUUCACGCCAAGAUUUUCCCCGUGAAGACAAGGGUAGAGGGCGACAGCGCCGAGGAUAUGGUCGAGCGCGCCCUUGCGAGCCUGCAGUACGAUCAAAGCUCUAUAAACGAAGAUCUAGCAAAACGAACCAGCGAUCUGCAAGCAAAGCACCAACCGGUCGGCGGGCCCGUUCGCCGUUGGCAAUCUGAGCGCAUUCGCCAACUCAAAGAGGAGUUGUCUAAAAUAUAA